GAGUAAAAGUGAAAUUCCGGAAGAAACUGCUAGAGGGCGACAACGUUUCUUCGACUUUCCCCUGUGUAUGUAUAUGUACUAGAUGUGUCAAGGUGCUAAAAAACAUAAUCGAAACAAUGAAAGCGAUCAUCCAAAGAGUUACCAGGGCGUCUGUGACAGUGGGAGACGAUCAGAUCAGCUCAAUAGGACGUGGCUUGUGUGUGUUGCUCGGUAUAUCUGUGGAGGACACCCACACAGAUGCUGAGUACAUUACACGUAAAAUCCUGAACCUGCGGCUGUUUGAAGAUGAGAAUGGUCGGGCAUGGAGCAAAAGUGUUAUGGACUGGGACUAUGAGGUGCUGUGCGUGAGCCAAUUUACACUCCAGUGCAUAUUGAAGGGUAACAAGCCGGACUUCCACUCGGCUAUGCCCGCGGAACUGGCCCAACCUUUCUAUGCCAGCAUACUGGAGAACUUGAGGAGUGCCUACAAGCCUGAGCUGGUUAAAGAUGGAAAAUUCGGGGCCUCCAUGAAAUUACACAUUCAAAAUGAUGGUCCAGUAACUAUUGAGCUGACGUCACCUCUUGUUUCUUCAGACCCCCGUCAGUUGUCCAAGCAGGAGAAGCAGCAGCAAAGGAAAGAAAAGACACGCUCAAAGGGGCCUUCUGAAUCAAGUAGGGAGAAGAGUGCACUUCGUUCCCGACAGGACAAUAAUGCGAGUAGUGGGGCAGAUGGUGACGUGUCUUCAGAAAGAGACCCCUAGAUCUCCUGAGUGAGUGUGGUAGGCAAAUACACAAAACAUAUCAGCGAAUAAUUUUUGUAAAACCCAAAGAAGGAUUUUCUUUUUAAAUUAUUGUUAUUUUUGGUUUUAUCAAUCUUGUUAUAAACAUGGCAGUAUAAAACACAUUGUCAUUCUGCAAAAUCACAGUAAAAUGGAAUAUAGAGUUUCCAUCAAUCUCGUGUAUGGAGCCAAUAUUGUAGCAAAACUAUUUACAAAUGCGUAUCUCAAUGCACAUAUACGUAUGUAAAAAGAAUCCUCUUUUCUGUCACAGAUGUGUAACAUAAAUCUACAAACAUGCGACUAAAGUUACACGUGUAACAUGAAUUUGCAAAUGCGUACAUUGAUUUGAAUGCAUAAGUGAGUGGCCUGUAAACACUGACACCCUUGAUUUGCUGUACUCUCAAAUGUGACUUUUACUACAGUCUUGCCAUACACGUACAAAUGCGUGAGACUAUUUGCAAAUGCGUAUCUGCAGAUUUUUGGGGUGGCUCCGUAUGUACACAUUCAGACCACAAGGAAACGGUAAUAUUCACAAUUUGUCUGCAGUCUUGUUCAUCCGGCCAUCGACUAUUUUCAUAUUGUGUGUUUUCGGAGACAAAGAACAUGGAUGUGUGUAUUUUUGGAGACAAGGAACAUGGAUGACCCAUUGUCAAAUACCAAGAAUUGCCACGUCUAGUUGCUGUUUGUUAGUGGAUUGUCAUACACCCUAAUACAUCUCCUUUUUGAGGGUGCUCCACAUGCUGUCAAUAGGGUUGAAGUCAUCGGAUUAUGCUGGCCGGUUGUGUUGAGGAAAUAUUCUGUCAGGUGAAUUUGUUCUAUUAAAGGCUUUAUGAAGUACAUUUAAUAUGUUUAAGUGCUGAGAAUGUGUGCAAAGACUAAAAACAAUUUAGUUCCAAGUUGCACCAGUGUACAAGUUGCAGUUUUGGUGAGACAAAAGCCAACACCAAGAACAGACAUGAAGAGGCAACAACCGGCUAAACAAUACGGUAUGCUAACGUUACAUAAACACAAACGAGAAACUGAAAACGUGUCUGACGUAACAUUAACAGUUAUUCAAAUAACUAUAACAUAAAUAACACGUUUAUCAAACCAUCCGUGUCACUCCAAAUCAUUAAAUCCAUCGAAAUCUUCGUCCUUUGUGUAAACAACGCCACUGCUGACCCCGGAACUGCAUGCAGCGCUGACGUAGGACACGUCGUCAGUUGCGGUUCCAGUUAUUCCACAGGCCAAAAUAACUAUAUAUAAACUAUAUAUCAAAUAACUAUAGCAGAAAUAACAAUUGUAUCGAACCAUCCGUGUCACUCCAAAUCAUUAAAUCCAUUGAAAUCUU